GAGAAGGGAAAGGUACUAUAGGAGAAAGUAUAUGUGAAUUUGAUUAGCAUAAUCCAUUUGCAUGUUCAUAAUCUCAGAUUUUACAGAAAAAUAUGAAUGCAGUGGUAUUUGUACAUUCUCACUCUACCCUUGUUCAAUUUCCCUUUUUUCUUUCAUUCGGCAGGCAAUCCAGGCUGGGAAAACGCAUUUGCUCUCUCAAAGCUUUUUAAAUUUGGCAGAGACUGCAGAUAGGCCUUCACUGUUUGACUCACCAAAGGACUUUCAUCAGUUAACUGUUUCAAGCAUAAGAUCUGGUGAAAAUGGAAGACGUAGACCUCCCUGGAGAAGUUCUGCCUCAAGAAGAACAUCAGAGGACGAAAAUGAGACACCUCAAUCAUCCAAUGGUGAAAAAUCCAACUCAUCUAACCAGGAAGAGAUCAUCGCUAUGUUCCGACGAAUUCAAUCUGCAAUCUCAAAGGAUGAGUCUGUAAAAACUAAGAGAAAUUCCAACUUGUCCGAGGAUAAGACCUCACCUGAAUCAGUUCUGGAGGUUCUUCGCAAAUCAAGAAAGCAAGUGAAAGGUGAUGCAGACUCUCUUGUUAUUGUAGAAAAAACUUCGAACAAGGAAGGUGAUAAGGUGUUGACAAGAAGAAGACGUGUGGCUAAGAAAGAAAAACAACUACAGAAAAGUCCUCCAGUAGCAGACUUAAAGCCAACCCGGCAGCCAUCUAAGUUUGUGAGGAGAUCACCAAUACCAUCUCCAUCAACCCAAAGAGAAAGGAUGCUUGAGUUGAAUAAUGAAGCAUACUUAAAGCCAACUCGGCUGCCAUCUAAGUUUGUUAAGAGAUCACCAAUACCAUCUCCAUCAACCCCAAGAGAAAGGAUACUCAAGUUGAAUGAUGACGCAUCUCAGGCCAGAGCUGGAAGAAAGGAAUUAAAGUUGCCGAGAAUAGAGGAAAUGAAACUAACAGAACUUAAGGAUCUAGCAAAGUCUAGAGGAUUAAAGGGUUACUCGAAACUGAAGAAGAGUGAGCUCAUAGAAUUACUGAGGUCCUAAAAGAAUAUGAAGUGUUCCUGUGAUGAGAAAAAAUAGAACCAGGAGGUUGAAGUUAUAAAGGAAUGACAAAAGAAGCUGAUCUUCCAAUUUUUCAUGUGAUUUGUCAUUGAAGGUCCGUCUCUUUUGGUGCUAGUGUCUUGCUUUCAUUUUUAUGUUUGGUUGUUUGCUUCAAAUGUGUUUAACAGCUCUAAUUUUCAUGACAUGUAAAUUUUAGCUCCAUGAACAGAUUCUAUUUAAUUGAACCCUCAUGCAGUUAAAACAGCAUUAUGUACAAGGUGCCAAAUACCUCCCCUCCCCCAAAUUUUGAUAGAUGUAAGUAUUGCGUAAUUUUGAUAAUCUUGAACAAUUUCUACAGUUUUCACUUGUUUAA